AUGGAAGAAACAUCGUCAUACUUACCACGCCUUGGUUCAAUGAUUGCACUUGAGAAGCAAAGUCAUCCCAAAGAUCCAGCUGAUGAAUUAUCACCUGUGAUGCAGCGUGCAAAGGAUCAAAUGGAAUAUUAUUUCAACAAUUUCAAUCUAGAACGCGAUAAAUUUAUGUUGAGGAAGUAUCAGGAAACUUCUAAUAAGAUUCCUGUUGAUGUUUUUAUGACUUUUAAUCAAAUGAAAAAACUCGAAAUUUCAGCAGAUAAUGUUUUGUACGUGUGUUCAAAAUCUAAACACUUAAAAGUCGAUUUUGGCGCAAAAACAAUCAGUCGCAUAGAAGAGUUUAAGAAAGACUACUUUAGAAACGAAAGAUCUCUCCGAAUUACAGGAUUUCCUUUAGAUUAUACUUCGAAUGAUUUAGAUGCCGUUCUUUCUAAAUACGACCCUGUUUGGAUAGUUCCGCAAUCAAAAUUUACUGAAAAUGGAGAAAAAUUAUUUAAUGGAAAUGUUAUAGUUGAAUUUAAAUCAGAGGAAGACCUUCAGGAAGCAAUAAAAGGCAUAAAAGAUCUAAAUGGAGUUGAACUCCAGUCAGAAAUUUUAUCCGAUUUCGAACAGAAGAUUAAGAAUAUGAAAAAGAGCAAGGAUUAG